AUGUCGAGCCCGCCCGAGGGUCAGGCGAAUGGCAGCACCAUAAGGGACCAUGACAAGAAGGCUGAUCCCGUCAGCACUACCACCACGGCCGCUGCCAACAAGGAGGAGGAGGAACCUACCGACGGCGCUACUGCCGGUCCGGGCCUGCAGUUAGUCGUGAGUACCGACGCGGCCAACUACACGGGCCUGCAGAUGAAGCCGUGGCGGCGGCGCCUGGUCAUGCUCUCUCUGUGCCUCACCCUGUUCCUCGGCGCGCUGGACAUCACCAUCAUUUCCACCGCGCUGCCCACCGUCGCAAGGGAGCUGCAUAUCGACGCGCAGCAGUAUGCCUGGGUAGGGAGCGGGUACAACCUGGCCAACACGGCGUCGAUGCUGGUAUGGACUAAGGUGUCGGAUAUCUUUGGCCGGAAGCCCAUCAUCAUGGCGGCUGCUUCGUUCUUCAUAGUGGGUAGUGUAGUGUGCGCGAGGUCUGUCUCGAGCACAAUGCUUAUUGGUGGCCGGGUCAUCCAGGGGCUGGGUGGAGGAGGGUCGUUCGUGCUCACGACGGUCAUCAUCAGCGACAUCUUCCCGCUCGAGGAACGCGCCAAGUAUUACGGCAUGACGGGGAUGGUCUGGGGCAUCGCCGCUGCUAUUGGCCCUAUUCUUGGCGGUGUCUUCGCCCAAGCGGCGGGAUGGAGAUGGUGUUUUUACAUCAACCUGCCAGUAGAUGGAAUUGCCUUGGUAUUCAUUUUCUUCUUCCUCAAGGUCGACAUCAAGAAAAUCCCCUUUGUCGAGGGUAUCCGCAGCCUGGAUUGGACCGGUUUCGUCCUCGUUAUUGGCGGCACCAUCUGCUUCUUGUACGGUCUUGAGGUCGGCGCGAGCAACCUGUCUCCAUGGGGCUCUGCCAAAGUCAUCUGCCUCAUCCUCUUCGGCUUCAUCCUGCUCGCUCUCUUCCUAGUGUGGGAAGCCACCAUGGCCAAAGUCCCUAUAAUCCCGUUCCGCGUUUUCCAAGAACGCAACAACAUUGCCGCGUACACUGUAGCAUGCCUCCAUUCCUUCGUCUUCAUCUCUUUUGACUUCUUCCUUCCUCUCUACUUCCAGAUGAUUCUGGAAUUCAAACCAAUCAUCUCUGCCGUCACACUCUUUGCUCUCAUCUUUCCCCUGUCGGCCGCCACCAUGUCGGGAAGCGUCAUCAUCAGGAAGACGGGCUACUACAAGUUCCUCAUUGUCGGGGGCUCAGCCAUCAUGUGUCUCGGAAAUGGCCUCUUCAUCCUCCUAGGCCCCACCGUCAACUGGCCCAAAGUCAUUCUCUUCCAGAUCGUCGCAGGUCUAGGUGCAGGCGGCAUGUUCCAGAGCCCCAUGAUCGCGCUGCAGAACUACCUGCGGCAGCGCGACACGGCAAUGGCCAUGGCAGCAUACAGCUUCCUCCGCAACCUGUUCACGUCCAUGUCUAUCGUCAUUGGCACGGUGCUGAUGCAGAGAAGCAUGAAGUCGGGGAGCUUCGUCACCAGUGGAGGUCAGGGUGGGAUAGACAAGGAUGAGUAUGUGAAUGCGCUGCACAUCAUGUGGGCUUUUUACACGGGCGUUACCGGAUUAUUGCUCAUCGCCGGGUUCUUUAUUCGCCAGAAGCCAGUCACAACUCAAACUGGUUCGGAAAGUGACGCAAAGACGACUCCAAAGGUUGACCAGAGCAGUGAUGUUGAGAAAGCAGCCCAUACUGAUGUUCACAAUAAGGAGACCUUGGAAACAAAAGAAGCUGUACCAGAAAAGUAG